UCUGCCCCGUCUCCUGCAGAUAAUGGUGAUGACCGCUCUGAGAGCAUUCUUGCUGAGAACCACGUGGAUGGCACCGUGGGGAUCCUGAGUGGAGCUGGAGGGAGGAAGCCCAUGAAGACUGGCAUGAAGGAGCUGGCAGUGAUGAGGGAGAAGGUGAACGAGCAGCAGAGGCAGAUGGGCAAAGUCAGCAAGGCCCAUCACAACCACGAGGACUCCAAAAAGUCGCGGCUGUCGACGGGCAGGACCCCUUGUCAGCAGGAGCUAGAUCAGGUCCUGGAACGCAUAUCCACCAUGCGGCUGCCAGAUGAGCGAGGGCCCCUGGAGCACCUCUACUCCCUUCACAUCCCCAACUGUGACAAGCAUGGCUUGUACAAUCUCAAACAGUGCAAGAUGUCGCUGAACGGGCAGCGUGGCGAGUGCUGGUGCGUGGACCCCAUCCAUGGGAAGGUGAUCCAGGGAGCACCCACCAUCCGCGGGGACCCCGAGUGCCACCUCUUCUAUACAGCCCAUGAGCAGGAGGACCGGGGAGCACACGCCCUGCGGAGCCAGUAGACAGACGUGAUCUUGCUGGCUGGAGGUGGCUCACUGUGCCCCAGUGCUGGAUUUUACAUGGGUUUCAGCGUGUCUCUCUAGGCUCUGGGAGAGAAUGGGUGCUGCCCUCCUUCCUCAGCUGCCUGGUUCCUGGGGAGGGAAGGGAUAAUGGGAGGGGAAGGCGGUGGGGGGUUUGCAAGGAGAAGGGACUGCUUUCUUAGUCUUUCACCCAACAUAAACCAGAGAACUGGUCUUUUUUGCUCCUCGCCCUCCCUGCUGCUUUGCGGCGUCUUUCUGCACCCUCCAGCACAGAUGCCAUGUGCUCCCUGACCCCUCCCAGGGGACAAAACCCCUUGUUAUGGGUGGGAGAAGGUAAAAAAAAUGAAAGAGCCCAUCCUUUCCCUCUCUUUUUCUCUCUUCCCCAAGACCAAAGACUGUAAAUACUGUCACCUGCCUCUUGUGUCCUGCCAGUCAGUCUCUUGUGCCCCAGCCCAGCCAUCCGUUCUGGCAUGGGAUGUGGUAUGGGAGGGAGGGAAUGAAGAGAGACCCUGGAUUCCCAGCUGGAAUAUACUGCCACAGUUGGGAUGUGUUCCCCAAGGAAGCAGCAGUGAGGGCAAGGGCUAAAGAUGAGACAGUUGCCACCUUGUCCCCAACACUCUUGGGUGCUUCCUUUGCUCGUGCUAGGGCACAGCCAACGCCACAGGGACCCGGCUUCAGCCACUGGUCUGGGAGCAUGGGGCCUUUGGGUGAUAGCAAAGCUAAAUGCUUGUUUUUCCAAGGGAUUUGAAGGGCUUUUGCACAGUAUUUCUUAGGAUCAGCUUAUGCCGAGGGAGCUAAAAUGAACUUGCUGAGGCUGGGUGGAAGGAUGCGUGUGUAGAUUUAGGAUAACAAGCCAGGGAAUGUCUCUCUUUCUCUCAUUCAUUUUUUCUUUAUUUCUAGAUAGGAAAAAACAAAACAAAACCUCUAAAACCUGCAUUCCCAAGCAGCUGCCCUUGUCCCUCCAUUUUUGCUUGGGACUGAAGCGAGCACCUGUUAUUCAGCACAUAACUUUUUCUUUUUGUAAGUAAGUUACAGUAUAUAUCUUGCUGUGUAAAGGCCCUCACUCUCAUACACACACACACACAUACAAACACACACACACAAACACACUCCUCUGCCCACAUACACAUUUGUAUAGAUGAAAUCCAAGUGAUUCCAGGUGCUCUGAGAGGUUUUGUGCUGGACAUGCUGAGGAGAGAUGUGUCUCUGCUGUUAAUUCACCUGUCGAUUUCUUUCUGUACAGAACACAUUGAUGCUGAGAAUAAAUAACUUCCCCAUUGCCUAAGAAAGGAGGUUUUAUUAUUUUCUUCCUUUUUUUUUUUUUUUUUAAUAUGGAUGUCCUUAUUGGACCAAUUGCAAAAAUCCUCUCCUUGGAGUAAACGUCUCGGGCUUUUCUUAAAUGGUUUGUUGUUUCUUGUCCCCCUUCUUGGACCCACAUUUCAGAUCUGAAGUGUGAAGGGCACAGGUAGGCUCUGUAAAUUGGGGCCCUCAUGCCUUUGCAGGGGUUGGGACAUGGCAGUGGAGGAGACAGGGGAAGGACCCCCUUUGGAAAGUUGGGAUGGGUAUAUGUGGAUGUGUAUGAAUGGGAGGGCAUGAAAGAAGAAAACACACCUCCAUGCAAAACCAAGAAACUGUAAAAAUGAUGCUACCUGUUUUCUGUUAACAUCUGAGGGUGUUCUGCUUUUUCAUAUAAAACUUGCACAUGCUGGCUCUCA